AAAUGACUUCCUGAAGAAACAAAUCUUGAAAUUUUCUACUAAAUCGAUGCUGUUUUUCGUGAUCAAAUGGAUAUAAAACAACAUACCAGGCCAAGAUAUACAAAGUUAAGGUUAUCAUGGGUCAUUAUGACUCACAUUUAGUGUAUUCUCUAUGUAAAUUAGCGUAUCUGUAACUCAAAUAUGAUGUUGUAAAUUUAAAAGGAAAAAUGAACACUGAUCACGGAAGUGAAAUAAUUUAGGACUACGCAUAGAUCUAUCACUAUGGCGAAUGCUGCUCCUGAGAGAGAUAUAAACGGUUAUGAUGAUAGUGUAAGUGCUGGACCAAGCUCUGCUUCAAAUGGUGUUGCAAAUGGAGUACCACAGGUUGAUCGAUAUGGUUUUGUUGGCGGUGACCAGUAUACAGAUCCUAAUGGGGAGAAAAACAGGGUUCCAAUGGAAGUACUCAGGAAGAGAGAGAUAAAAUGGUUAGACAUGUUCGAGAAUUGGGAGAAAUGGAUGAAUAAAAAGUUUAAAAAGGUGAAGGAACGAUGUAGAAAAGGCAUUCCACCAGCAAUGAGAGCCAGGGCUUGGCAGUAUCUUUGCGGCAGUAAAUAUUUAGCAGAAAAUAACAGGGGAAAAUUUGAUUUUUAUAUAAGUGCAUCUGGUGACGCUAAAGCAGUGGAUGACAUCACAAAAGACCUUCAUCGGCAAUUUCCAUUUCAUGAAAUGUUCAUGGCCAGAGAAGGGCAUGGGCAAGAAGAUUUAUUCCGAGUCCUGAAAGCUUACACAGUUCACAACCCACGGGACGGUUACUGUCAGGCCCAGGCCCCCAUAGCAGCCAUCUUAUUAAUGCAUAUGCCUGCUGAACAAGCAUUCUGGUGUCUCGUUUCUAUAUGUGAAAAGUAUUUACCUGGUUACUAUAGUCAAGGCCUCGAAGCAGUACAGGUAGAUGGCGAUGUCCUAUUUGGACUGUUAAAGAAAUCAUCCCCAGCAAUAUACAAACAUUUAAAAAAGCAGAAGAUAGACCCUAUACUAUAUAUGACAGAAUGGUUCAUGUGUGUGUACACAAGGACUUUGCCAUGGACUGCUGUGCUCAGAGUAUGGGACAUGUUCUUCUGUGAAGGUGUAAAGAUCAUGUUCAAGAUUGCACUGGUUCUAUUUAAACAUACGCUGACCCAGGCGGACUUGAAAGAUUGCCCAACGUUAUACGAAACCAUGGAAAAAAUACGAAAUAUUCCAAGUCAUGUUAUGGAGGAUGAUUUUUUAGUUGCCGAGUUAGUAACUCUAAAAGUAACAGAACGUGAUAUGGAAAAAGAGCACCAGUUUCAAGUGGCUCGGCGGAAAGCAUUAAAAGAUGGCGAUAAAGGGACUAAAUCGAAAAAAAAGAAAAAGACACAUGCAAAGUCCCCAAGCCCAGAUAGCUGAUAUAUCCCAUAAUGCAUUUCGGGGCCAUGUGAAUCAAUAUUGACCAACCGGAUUUUAGGGUUUUGUUCAUGUGACAGAAAUGUAAUAUGAUCAAAAGAGAGUUGGUGCCCAUAAUAAAUUUUGGAUAUUUAUAAUAAUAUACACAAUCUUCCGAUUGGAUGUUCCGGGUUGGUGACACAAAUGUUAUACUGCAUCGUAUUCGUAUCGAUCAAAGGAAUCAUAGUAGUAUAAUACAACAGUGUUGACCAAUCAGUAGUUACUUCAUGUUACAUACAGGAGUAUUGAUCAACUGUGUAGUCAUGGUGGAUGGUGUCCAGACAUGAAUUCAUAAUGUACCAGGCCCGUAGCCAGGGGGGUUCGAUGGGUUCGAGUGAACCCUCCCCUGGCCAAAAAUUCUUUCAAA